AUGGCACCCACAGCGUCCACCGAAAUCAAAAAGAGGCCUAUUUCACCUACAGAUGUAGAAGGCGAAAGCAAAAAACCUAAUAUUCAAAGUGAACCAAGCAAGUCCCAACCUAAACAAAGGAAGACUAAAGUUGUGAGAAGAAAAUACAAGGCGAAGGAUGUGGAUGCUACAUCGCCACUUGGUAUAUUACAGCAUGAGAUUAAGGAGUUCUUAGUGGAGUACGGACUUGAAGAAAAUCAAAUAUCAAAUGAUAUGCCAUCAAUUUUGAAUGAUCCACCUACUGAAGCAAAGUUCCACAGGAAUGUGAGUGAUGUCGAGGUGAUUAAAUUAUCAUCCAAUGGGGACGGUUUAGCCAUCAUUCCACAUCCAAUCAAGGAGGAUGGUAAGCAGAUAUGCUUGGUGCCGUUUGGAUUGCCAGGUGAUAAAGUGGAUAUCAGAGUAUUUAAGUCACAUCCAUUAUAUGUCGAGUCUGAUUUGCUUAAGGUAAAUAAAGGAUCCAAACAUAGAGAUGAUUCGUUAAUAAGAUGCCGUUACUUUGGUAAAUGUUCUGGAUGUCAGUAUCAAAGUGUGGAUUAUAACCAGCAAUUGGUCUUUAAAAAGCAGACAAUUGAAAAUGCGUACAAAUAUAUGGCACCAAUUUUGUCCAAAACUGACAACGGAUUACCUCCAGUGAAAGAUACAGAAGCAUCACCACUUCAAUAUGGAUAUAGAACGAAAUUAACCCCGCAUUUCAACUUACCCUACACUAAACCAAAAGAAUACCCACCUCCUAGUUUAGGAUUUGGGGCUAAAGGUAGACCUACAUGGAGACCUGAAGCCGAGGGUGGAGAAUUUUCCAUUUUGGAUAUUGAAGAGUGUACAAUUGGUACCGAAAUUAUUAACAAGGGAAUGACGAAUGAAAGAAGUAGAUACUUGCAAGAAUAUAUGAAAUAUAAGAAAGGAGCCACUAUUUUAUUGAGAGAAGAUACCAAUAAGAUCACCGAAGAAGAGCCAACAGAGCAGAAGUCUGCAUCUACUGAUCCAGAAGGCUCCGUGUCUGCAGUGACCGUAGAACUUGAUAAUGGUGACAAAUUACGCAAAACAUGUGUUACUAGUUCCAGGCAGAUUGUUACGGAAUACGUAAACGGGUUUCAGUUCCAAUUUUCGGCUGGGGAGUUUUUCCAAAAUAACAACUCGAUCUUGCCAAUCGUGACCGAUUAUGUCAAGUCCAACUUACAAAUACCGAACUCAAAGGCCAACGAACCAAAUUAUUUGGUAGAUGCAUACUGUGGAUCGGGACUCUUUUCGAUUACAUGCUCACAAGGUGUUUCUCGUGUUAUUGGUGUCGAAGUCAGUGCUGACUCUGUCAAGUUUGCCGAGUUGAAUGCCAAAAAUAACCAUAUCGAAAAUGCUACAUUCAUUGUAGGAAAGGCCGAAAAGAUCUUUGGCAAUAUUGACACUCCUGCUGACAGAACCGCAGUCAUCUUGGAUCCCCCAAGAAAAGGUUGUGAUGACGUAUUUUUGAACCAGUUGUCAGAGUACCAUCCAGCCAGAAUCGUGUACAUUAGCUGUAAUGUCCACUCACAGGCCAGGGAUGUCGACUGGUUCAUCAAUAAGACUAAAAAUGGCCAAAACUACUUUGUGGAGAGCAUUAAGGGCUUUGACUUCUUCCCACAGACUCACCACGUCGAGAGUAUUGCGGUGUUGGCUUUGAAGAACUAG